CGGUGAGCAAAACCUUCUCAAGGCCAUGCUAACACUCUCUUAUUCUAGGGUUAGGGUCAUUCCACAGUCAGGAGGGAGCUGCGUCUUAGACAGACACGGGAACAAUACAAGAAAAGGCAGCUAGCACCUCCAUGUUUUUCUGGACCUCCAUUUUGAGGCUGGGUAUCUAGUUCGAUCUCAGGCCCUGCUGCUUUGCUCCAGCUGUGUUCCUAAGGCUGUGUGCACGUUCAGCACCCUCUCACUCUCACCAUUGUCUGCGUGAGCGUGCACAUCCAUCUCCUCGUCUGGGAUCCCAGAGGGUGUGUGUGUUGGUGAAACACGGUGAUCUCCACGAUGAACGUCACCUCACUGUUCUCGUUCACCAGCCCGGCUGUGAAACGCCUGCUGGGCUGGAAGCAAGGUGACGAGGAGGAGAAGUGGGCGGAGAAGGCCGUAGAUGCACUGGUGAAGAAGCUGAAGAAGAAGAAGGGCGCCAUGGAGGAGCUGGAGCGUGCGCUGAGCUGCCCGGGGCAGCCCAGCAGCUGUGUGACCAUCCCUCGCUCGCUGGACGGCCGUUUGCAGGUGUCGCACCGCAAGGGCCUGCCGCACGUCAUCUACUGCCGCGUGUGGCGCUGGCCCGACCUGCAGUCGCACCAUGAGCUCAAGGCCCUCGACUGCUGUGAGUUCCCCUUCGGUUCCAAGCAGAAGGACGUGUGUAUCAAUCCCUACCACUACAAGAGAGUGGACAGCCCAGGUGAGCGCCACACCUGCUGGGCGUCAGGAGUUGGGUAUCCACCUUACUGCACACACACACCAUUUUUUGUUUGCUUGAUUCCUGCUUUAAGGAAUUAAUUAAUCGUCAGGUAUAUGUAAUUUCUGUCAGGUGUUAUAGAGCAAAGAAUUUAUGAACUGUAUGCAGGACAGUGAGUUCACAGUACCGAACCCGACAACCCUUGUGGGACGGUGGGUUCACAA